AUGGCGCGGCGGCAUUUUCUACGGGCUAGCCCACUACCCCACGCAUUCAGGGUAGUCGUUGCUUCUGUGAAUCGUGGGAAGGGAAGAGGGAGCCGGAGCCCGCCCAUUUCUGAAACUGAACGAGGGAGGGAGAGGCUGUCGGUUGCCAGCGCCCCAGUUGAGCUCGCCGAGGAGGAGAGCGGCGGUUGUCCGGCGAGAGCGCACGCCGAGAGUCGGCGAUCGGUUCAGCCAUGGAGCAUCAUCCUUAUGAGCAGCACGAGCAGGAUGACAGCAAGAAAGUGGAGGCAGAACUUGAUGGAGCUGACGGAUCAUUCAAAAACGAGCGCCACAAACGGUCCAAGGCAGAUACGGAGCAUUCUGGUGAGGAGGAUGACGGCAUGAAAGUGGAGGCAGAAUUCAUUGGAGCUGACGGGCCACUCAAAAUCAAGCACCAGAUUCAGUCCAAGGUCUGGGAUGAGUUUGAGCCCAUCUUUCUGGAC